UUACGUUGAUCCUGGGUGAUCCCAACUUCCGGUGAAAGAGGAGAAGUGUCUCACACGAUUACUCCGACUAGGCCUAUCGGUACUCACCUGUUGGUAGUUGAACGGGGGUUUUAGGUGAUAGCCAUGGCCCUGUGAUUACCGAUUAGUCAGCUAAUUAACUUUUUAAAGAAAUAAGGAGACGUCACCAUAUACGCCGCUUUGAGUCACAUCGUCACGAGCCACAGGUUUGAACGUUAUAACUAGUUAGCUAGCUUAAAGACGCAGCUAGCUAUUAGCCAACCAAAGCACCUCUAAAUUAGGUCCUGGUGUCUAUUUUCAAGAUGUCAACUGCGGGGUUUAACUCUCGGAAUGGUACAGGGACAGGACAGUCUUAUGCGAAUGGUCCGUCACAGAAUCCAGUUGCCGCGCAGCAGCUGCCAGGGGUCGGCUACGGCAUGACUCACCAACCGACGUACAAUCCAAUGCAGGCCAAAGCUCCCCCACCACCUGGCCCACCUGGACUCUACCCCUCUGGGCCAUACCAACCUGUUACCCCAGUCUGUUCCUACCAGCCCGGCCCGCCGCUCACUUCCUACCCAUCUCCUUCGGGCCAGUUGCUGUUGACGAGGCCUCUAAUGGGAGGUCCUCCAUCCCAUACCCCUCCUCAGUCUGCCAGCCCCGGUCCUAGGCUGCCCCCUGCACAGACCACACCGCCUCCUCCUGCUGUGUCUUCUACUAGCUACUACACAAACCCCCAGCAGCCACAGCCCAUGGCUCCAGCAUGGCAGUACAACACAGCUCUCCCACCGAUGGGGCAACCCACUUCCAUUAACACACAUCCCCGCGGCCCAGUGUCGAGUCAUGUGAACCCAGCUGCAAGCUCGACACCACCGUUAUCAACAGCUUACAGCCCUGCACCACCACCACCCCAUGUGUCCCAUAGUGUCCCCCAGCCACCAGGCCCAGGGAUGCCCCGAAGCCCUCUGCACGGAUAUACCCAGCCAGGUACUGCACCCCCACCAAUGACUCCCAUGGCUCCCCACACAUACCAACCAAACAGAGCUCCCUAUGGCCCCCCACCUACAGGCCCACCACCAACCAUGAAACCAGCACCGCCUCCCAUUGGACCCCCAAUGGCCAAUGCCACACCUCCACCCCCCAUGGCGGAUGCUCAGUGUGGGGGUGCCAUUAACAGCACUCUGCCCCCCACUGAGCACGACUGCCAGGAGGGUGAUAUUGAAUGUCCAGGGACUGUGGCUGGCAAUGGCCCACAAGCACCAAACAGCUAUAAUCAUGUUGACAACAAAAUGGCUGGCCCACAUCAGCCGGGACCACCUGGUCGGCACCUGGGCCACUACCCCUCCCUCCCUCCGGGGUACCAGACCACCUCGGCUCCGGCCAUGCACCCUGCGAUCCAGGCCGCCACGCAGCCUUACACUCAAGCACCUCAGCCAUACCAGCAGCCACUUGGUGGCCCAGGACCAGCCCAACUGAGCCCGUCCCUGGCAGCCAUGAGCCUCCAGUCCAGCACCCCGGAGGCCCUGAGGGUGGUCAACCUGCUGCAGGAGAGGAACCUGCUGCCACCGAUCCCCAUCCCCGCCCCGACACCCUGCCUCCAACAGGACCUGCAGAAGAUCAACUGCAACCCAGAGGUUUUUCGUAGUACGCUGACCAGCAUCCCUCAGACUCAGUCGCUGCUCAAUAAAGCCAAGAUGCCGCUGGGCUUGCUGCUGCACCCCUUCAAAGACCUCUCGCAGCUUCCUGUUGUGACAUCCAGCACCAUCGUCAGGUGUCGCUCAUGCAGAACCUACAUCAACCCGUUUGUCUCUUUCCUGGACCAGAGGAGGUGGAAGUGCAACCUUUGCCACCGGGUCAAUGACGUUCCGGAGGAGUUUAUGUACAACCCAGUCAGCAGAUCGUACGGAGAGCCACAUAAAAGACCCGAGGUCCAGAACGCCACCAUCGAGUUCAUCGCUCCCUCAGAAUACAUGCUGAGGCCACCACAGCCUGCCGUUUACCUCUUCAUUCUUGACGUAUCCCACAAUGCAGUGGAGACGGGCUACCUGAGUGUGUUCUGCCGGUCACUGCUGGACAACAUCGAUGCGCUUCCUGGAGACUCUCGGACAAAGGUGGGCUUCGUCACCUUCGACAGCACCAUCCACUUCUACAACCUCCAGGAGGGACUUUCUCAGCCUCAGAUGCUCAUCGUGUCCGACAUCGAAGAUAUCUUUUUACCAACACCAGACAGCCUUCUAGUAAACCUCAAUGAAUGCAAAGAACUUGUGCAGGAUCUGCUGAAGAGCCUGCCAACGUUGUUCGAGAAGACCAUGGAGACUCAGUCUGCCCUGGGUUCAGCUCUGCAGGCAGCCUACAAGCUGCUGUUGCCCACCGGAGGGCGCAUGUCCGUCUUUCAGACCCAGCUGCCUAACCUCGGUGUGGGGACGCUCCAGUCCAGAGAAGACCCCAACCAACGGGCGAAUGCCAAGGACGUCCAGCACUUAUCCCCAGCGACUGACUUCUACAAGAAGCUGGCUCUGGACUGCUCCGGCCAGCAGGUGGCGGUUGACCUGUUUCUGCUCAGCUCCCAGUACUGCGACCUGGCAUCGCUCGGCUGCAUAUCCAGAUACUCGGCAGGGAGCGUUUACUACUACCCCUCCUACCACCACCAGCAUAACCCCGCUCAGGUGGAGUGCUUCCAGAAGGAUCUCAAGAGAUACUUAACCAGGAAGAUCGGCUUCGAGGCCGUCAUGAGGAUACGCUGCACCAAAGGUCUGUCCAUCCACACGUUCCACGGGAACUUCUUUGUGCGCUCCACAGAUCUGUUGUCCCUCCCCAACGUGAACCCAGACGCUGGCUUUGCAGUUCAGAUGUCCAUCGAGGAAAACCUGGACGACAUGCAAGUCGUCUCUUUCCAGGCCGCGCUGCUUUAUACGUCCAGCAAAGGAGAGAGGAGGAUCCGUGUCCACACCUUGUGUCUCCCCGUGGUCAAUUCUCUGUCGGACAUCUUUGCUGGUGCUGAUGUUCAGGCCAUCACUGGACUGCUGGCUUGCAUGGGUAUGUACUAAACUAUCGAACACCUCUUUAGAAGUUCCCCUCCAAACAUUUAGGACAUGUACAAAUUCUGAAAAUUGCAUCUUCCCCUUCUCCCUAAUUCAAAAGUUUAGAAUCUAUGAAUAUGCCAACAAUAUUCUACCA